GGUAGUCGCAUGGAGAAAGCGACUGCUGGCAACUCAGCUUCCAACUCAACUCGUACAGGGCGAGGCUCGGCGACGAUGGCGGCUGGCCCACUUAAACAAGUGCUUCAUUAAGCUCCACCGUCAGCGCUAGGAGCAGCCCAGCCGCCGACUGCCUCGGUAUCUCAGGAUUCACUGUUCUCGCCCUAUCUCCACCGUGCAUCCCUUUCGCCGAAGGCCAGCCUUCUGCUCUCCUCUGGGCUCUACAGCUCCAGCUCGACCGAACACCGCGAUGGAGCUGGUCAUCGAGCAGCAAAGAGCUGCUGGGCACCAACUCUCCUUCGGACAGAGCGCAGUCGGCGGACACCGGCGGCUGCGGCAAGACCUCGCUCCGAACCAUGUCGAGCGCGUUGCUUCAGCUCACUCUGCAAUUCGCUCUGCUCUCCACACCCACCUAACAGCACCAUGAACGCCAAGACCGUUGCCGCCGCCGCCUUCGUUGGCUCCGUCGCCGCCGACACGUGCUCGUCCUCGCAGCAGACCUCCGCCUACACGACGCUGGCCAGCCUGCUGACGCUCGACUCGUUCCAGGGCUGUGUCGACGACUCCGGCUACAGCCUCCUGUACUCCACGUCGCUGCCCACGGACGCCGAGUACGUCGAGAUGUGUGCGUCCAGCAACUGCCAGUCACUCAUCGAGUCCAUCAUUGCGCUGAGCGCUCCCGACUGCACGCUGACUGUGCCUACGAGCGGCCUGGAGGUGAACGUCUACGAGCUGGCGAACGGCUUCUCGGCCGAGUGCUCUUCUGUCUCGUCGACCACUUCGACCACGUCCACCGCCUCCAGCACGAGCACGGAAUCGACGACGACGGCCCCCACAGCCACGACGGCCGCGACCACGACGACUGCUGCCACGUCGACGGCCUCCAGCUCGGACAGCACCACGACCGCCACGACGGCCCCCACGGCUACGACUGCUGCGUCCUCCAACUCGACGACGACCACGACGACCACCAUCACGUCGACUGCCACCGCCUGCUAAGAGGGUGCUGGGGUCAGUUCAUUCUUCUAGACACCUGUAGCGUUGCGAAGAAUACGGCUAAUGAAAUGCCUUCAUUUUUG